AUGGCGAUGGAUUUAGAUGCCGCAGUGCCUAUGUCACUGGAUUCCCACCCUGUCUCAGCUACUAUUCUUUGCUGCAACUGUGGUGCCCCUAUCGAUGGAACCAUUUCAGCUGGAGCGCUGUGUUCAGACUGCUUGAGGCUGAAUGUUGAUGUUUCAGCAGGUAUCCAACGUGAAGCAGUUCUCCACUCCUGCAGAGACUGUGAGCGAUGGCUCCAACCUCCCAACAGCUGGGUCGUCGCUGCUCCCGAGUCAAAGGAACUACUCGCCGUUUGUCUGAAGCGUCUUCGUGGCUUAUCGAAGGUCCGGAUCAUCGACGCUAGUUUCAUUUGGACUGAGCCUCACUCUCGCCGUGUCAAAGUCAAGAUCACUAUCCAACAAGAAGCCUUCCAAGGUACAAUCAUUCAGCAAACGUUCGAGGUCGAAUACGUGGUCGCUUCGCAGCAGUGCGAUGACUGCAAAAAGUCUUACACACACAACACAUGGAGGGCAGCAGUCCAAGUACGACAGAAAGUGCCUCACAAGCGUACCUUCCUCUACUUGGAGCAGCUGAUUCUGAAGAGCGGCGCCCACAAUGAUACUGUCAACAUCAAAGAGGCCAAGGAUGGUCUUGAUUUCUAUUUUGCGCAACGAAACCACGCCGAGAAGAUGGUUGAAUUCCUCACUUCGGUUGUGCCGUGCAAAAUGAAAAAGUCUCAAGAGUUGAUCUCUAUGGAUAUUCAUACCAGUACAAGUUCUUACAAAUUUACGUACUCAGUGGAAAUUGUGCCUAUUUGCAAGGACGAUCUUGUCGCACUACCUAUCAAGCUUGCUCGCCAGCUAGGCAAUAUCUCGCCUCUGACUUUGUGCCACCGAGUCGGAAACUCGGUGAAUCUCUUGGACCCUGCCACUCUUCAGACUGCCGAAAUCCCGACAGGCACAUAUUGGCGUUCGCCAUUCCGAAACUUGGCUGAUGUCACUGAGUUGAAGGAGUUUAUCAUCAUGGAUAUGGAGUUCAUGGAUAUGGACUCUAGCCCCAAGGCCAAGGGCAAAUUCCGCCUUGCUGAGCUCACAGUUGCUCGCUCCUCAGACCUCGGUUCCAACGACAUUACUUACUUCACACGCUCACACCUUGGCGCAAUCCUGCACGUGGGAGACGCUGUGUUGGGCUACCACCUUAGCGGAACCAGAUUCAACGAUGAUAACUUUGAGGCCAUUGAGGCGAAUAAGCAGUACAGUUCGAGAAUUCCGGAUGUUGUCCUUGUUAAGAAGUCAUACGCCCGCAAGAAGAAGGCUAAGAACCGCGCGUGGCGCCUCAAGCGUAUGGCCCGCGAAUACGAGGAGGAGGCUGUUGCCGCUGCCGCCGCCGGUGCUGGCCAGCAGACCCGCCGCGAGCAGCAGGAAGCCAACCGUCUCGAGCAGGACUAUGAGAUGUUCUUGCGUGAUGUUGAGGAAGACCAAGAGCUACGACAAACACUUAAUCUCUACAAGGCUAGCACACAACCCCUGGGUGACGAUAUGGAUGAGGACGAUGAUAACGACGAUGAAAAUGGAGUGCCGCAGAUCAACAUGGAUGAGCUGCUUGAUGACUUUGAUGAGCUCAAUAUGGGCAAUUAA